AUGGGUAUCGAUCUCGACCGCCACCACGUCAAGGGCACGCACCGCAAGGCCCCCAAGAGCGACAAUGUCUACUUGAAGCUCCUGGUGAAGCUCUACCGCUUCUUGGCCCGCCGUACCGAUGCUUCCUUCAACAAGGUCGUCCUCCGUCGGCUGUUUAUGUCCAAGAUCAACCGCCCCCCGGUCUCCCUGUCGCGCAUCACGAAGAAUGUCAAGAAGGAGGGCGAGAAGCGCACCGUCGUCGUCGUCGGCACCGUCACGGAUGACAACCGCCUGAUGGCCGUGCCCAAGGUCACUGUCGCUGCUCUGCGAUUCACCGCCACCGCCCGCGCUCGCAUCGUGGCCGCCGGCGGUGAGACCAUCACGCUGGACCAGCUUGCCCUCCGUGCCCCUACCGGCAGCAACACCCUGAUCCUGCGUGGUCCCAAGAAUGCCCGUGAGGCCGUCAAGCACUUCGGCAUGGGCCCCCACAAGCACAAGAAACCCUACAUCGAGUCCAAGGGACGCAAGUUCGAGAAGGCCCGUGGCCGCAGACGCUCUCGCGGCUUCAAGGUUUAA